CUCUCCCUCUCACCCCCCCUCUUCACACACACACCCCCAGCAUGGGAGCCACAGUGUUUGUGCAGCCCCUGGACCUGGUGAAGAACCGGAUGCAGCUGAGCGGGGAGGGCGCCAAGACGAAAGAGUACAAGACCAGCUUCCACGCCGUGGCCAGCAUCCUCAAGAAGGAGGGGGUCCGAGGCAUCUACACUGGGCUGUCCGCUGGCCUCCUGCGCCAGGCCACCUACACCACCACCCGCCUGGGCAUCUACACCAUUCUCUUUGAGAAGCUCACGGGGGCGGACGGCAGGCCGCCCAACUUCUUCGUCAAAGCGGGGAUUGGGAUGACGGCAGGCGCCAUCGGAGCGUUCGUGGGCACCCCUGCUGAGGUGGCACUCAUCCGGAUGACCGCAGAUGGCAGGUUGCCUCCUGACCAGAGGAGAGGUUAUGCGAACGUGUUCAACGCGCUUGUGCGGAUAACCCGCGAGGAGGGGGUGCCCACACUCUGGAGGGGCUGCGUCCCCACCAUGGCGCGCGCAGUGGUUGUCAACGCAGCCCAGCUGGCCUCUUACUCCCAAUCCAAGCAGUUCCUCCUGGACUCUGGGUAUUUCCGGGACAACAUCCUCUGCCACUUCUGUGCCAGCAUGAUCAGCGGGUUGGUGACGACCGCGGCCUCCAUGCCGGUGGACAUUGCCAAGACCAGGAUCCAGAACAUGCGGAUGAUUGAUGGGAAGCCGGAGUACCGCAAUGGGCUGGAUGUGCUGGUGAAAGUGAUCCGUUACGAGGGUUUCUUCAGUCUGUGGAAAGGCUUCACGCCCUACUACGCCCGCCUCGGCCCCCACACGGUCCUGACUUUCAUCUUCCUGGAGCAGAUGAACAAGUUCUACCGGAAGUUCUUCCUCAGUGCCUGAGUGGGGGGAAGAGGGACACCCCCCCUGGCUUCCCGGCGCCCCCUCCUCCCAUUUCUCAAGUGCCAAGGGCACCCCACCCCCUCCUGAGGCCUGUCGUGUGCAAAGCGCAAGGGAAGGGCUGCUCCUUCCCAAAACUCCUUUCUGGGGGGGGGAGGGAGGGAGGGGUGUCUCAUUUCCCUCUCCCCGUGGGCCCGCCCGUCUUCCUCAUCAUGAGGAAGGCUCUUCAUGCCCCCAGAGUGUUGAGAGCCAGGGCAGGGGGGAGGGCAAGAGAUGGGUUGUUAUUUAUUGUGGGGGUGAAGCGAAUUCUGCCCUGUAACUUUUUCCGAACUGAACUGCCACCCUGAGGAGCCCCACUGGGCAUCAACGGUGCCUCUCCUUCCCCCUUCUUUGUUUUCACCCGAGUAAAAUGAAUCAUGGUCUUAAUCCA